ACUGGACAUCUAAUCCAAAUGACCAAGUUGUGCAUGUCUUCUACAAUGGAAGAGAGGACAACAGCUACCAAGAUAUGAUCUACAGAAGCAGAACACAAAUCUUCCUGGACCAGCUUCCCUCUGGGAAUUUCUCCCUCUUGCUCAAAGAUUUAAAGGUGGAUGAUGACCAAAAAACCUUUUUUCUCUUUCAUCAUCAAGAUGACAAAAAUGGCCGUACUGUAAUCCAGGAUAAGAAGUUGUGCAUCACCAAUGUAAAAGUAGCAAGAGGUUUCCAGACACCGGUUGUGAUGAUAAACUAUGAAGACAGGAAGGCAGAAUGUUCUAGUACUGGGGGAUAUCCUGAACCUACACUGACCUGGACCCACCAGAACGGCUUUCUGGACCAGGACAUUCCUCAGAUCAUCAGGGAUCCAGAAAGUGGAACGUUUAACAUUUCCAGCACGGUGAACAUUACAGAGAAUCAGAUUCUGACCUGUUCCAUCUUCAACCCAACUCUGAAUGAGACCCUAAAUACCACACAGACAACCACAUAUCAAAGUAAUCGAAAUGGAUCUUACAAUGUAAAUGGAGACCAAUCUAACUGUUUCAAGGUCGCCGUAUACGGGGGAAAUGUUAGGACAAUCCCAAGGGCCCAUGACUGACAACAAUAGGUAACAGCUGCGCAGAAGGGGCCCAAUUUGAUGUUUUGUCAUGGGGCCCAAAAUUCCUGGCUGCUCCCCUGCUCUUGGUAUAUAAAUUCAACUGGCUGGACUAAACUGUCUGGACUAAACGACAUCCUACUCAGCUCAUAAAAAAAAAACAUAAUCCUAUGACAUUUUUGCUAAAAUAAUUAUGUUUUUGUCCUUACAUUUAUAGAAUGUUACUGUCACAACACAUUUGUUUAUGUCAUUAUCGCAUUGGCCCCUUCCUCCCCAGACCUGAACCCUAUUGAGUACUUGUGGGCACUUCUUAAAUGGGAGAUUUUCAAUGAAGGAAAACGGUACACCUCUCUGAACAAUGUCUGGGAGGCUGUGGUUGAUGCGGCACAAAAAGCUGAUGGUCAACAGAUCCAGAAACUGACUCCAUGAACGAAAGGCUUAUGACUGUUUUUGAAAAGAAGGGUGGCUAUAUUGGUCACUGAUUUUCUUUUUUUGAAAUGUCACAAAUGUUUGUUUGUAAUUCUCACUUUAACAGAUGAAAAUACACAAGCGAGAUGGGAACAUUUUUGUUUUUCAUUUAGAUGCAC